AAACUGGAUGGAAAAUUCUCCUGCUCACUCAGAUCUCAGCCCAGUACUCACAGCCCUACCCCUCUGUCCUCAGUACGGUUCUGCUCCCAUCCCAGCUGUUAGACACAAUGAUAGACCUGAGGACUUUGUUUUUCACCAUUAUUCUGGUACCGUGGAUGCUCUCUUCUGCAGCAAGAAAUGGAUACAUGGAAGCAAGGAAACCUAAGAAAGAGGUUGUGACCAUCCCAGACUAUGACACCACUGGCGACUCAGAUACAAGCCCAGCAGCAGCUCCGAAAGAUGAGGGUGAGCUGCCCACGUGCCUACUGUGUGUGUGUCUGACUGGGUCAGUAUACUGUGAGGAGGUCUCCCCUGAGAUGACAGCAGUUCCAUCCCUGCCUAAGGAAACUGCCUAUCUCUACGCACGCUACAACAAAAUCACAAAAAUCACCAACAAAGACUUUGCAGACAUUGCAACUUUGAGAAGAAUCGAUCUGACUGGGAACCUCAUCUCUGAGAUAGAAGACGGAGCUUUCUCAAAGCUUGCCCUCCUUGAAGAGCUCAAUCUCUCAGAGAACAAGCUGGCCAAACUACCCAUGUUACCUGCCAAACUCAUAUCCUUCAAUGCCAAUUACAACCAGCUUAAAACCAAGGGUAUAAAGUCAACCGCUUUUAAGAAACUCACCAAGAUGGCGUACCUCUACCUUGGCAAUAACGAGCUGGAGGCAAUCCCACAACUUCCAGAGAGUCUCCACAUUGUGCACCUAUAUAACAAUAAGAUCACCACGCUAUCGGAUGAGACCUUCUGCCAAGGCAACAACACUCAGUACAUCAGAGCCAACAUGGAGGAGGUGAGACUGGAUGGCAACCCUCUGAUGCUGGCCAAGCAUCCCAACAGCUUUGUUUGCCUCAGGGCCCUGCCCAUUGGACCGUACCACUGAACCAGUGGGAUACAGUCUAGUGAGGACCACAAUACUACAGUGAGGGGUUCCCUUGUGAAAAGGGCCAAGGGCAUGUAAUAUGAGAAGUGUGUACUGGUAUGUUACGAUAUAUAGAGCAGAGCUAUGUAAUAUGAGAAAUGUGUUUGUUUUGUAAGUUACAAUUGAAUGUCUCUUAGGUCAUCUUACCAGCCAUGAUUGGUUAAAUUGGUGUCCUCUUAAGUAGAACAGGAGUUCUCUUACACAACAUAACUAUAUGCACAACUCUUUUGACAAUUUUUUAUCAAUGUUUUAUAUUUCCAAUAACACAUCUGGAAAUUGCAUCCGUUGCAUUCAUCUACUUUAAAUAAUAAUGGCUAAUAAAUGUACAUAACGUAACUACAAUUUGCUAACAUUUGAAACGGUUUACCUAUAUUUUAAAUGGGUAUAACAUGUAAUUUGACGUAAAUGUUUAUAUUCAUUUAUCAGAAUAAAAACAAUAUAAAAUGAUUAAAACGACACUGCGAUGCCUCCACUGAGUAAUGUAACCUUUAUUAGACAAAUAUCACAUUGUCACAUUUGGCUCUGAAAAAUGUUUCAUCCAAGCUCAGUAUCACAAAGAGUACAUAAAUAAACAUGUUUUCAUUCAAUAGCA